AUGUGGCAACAAGUGCUGUUGGCCGAGACCCCUAAUUGGUCUCGUUCAGACGUUCUCCAGCGGUUCUGGACACAUUUGAGGUUGGAGGUUCGAUACCGGACGCUGCUGCACUAUCGAGUGGGAUCAUGUGAAUGCUGGUUUGAUGAUGUUAUGGGCUCUGCCGACUCAACGGCUUUAAUGUGGAAUAAUCAAACGUACCCACAUUAUCUGAGGCAGCGACAGGAUUCCGACAUGUUGUCAGUGUCCUGCCUGAGAUUUCACCAGUACCAGGAAGUGCUGCUAGCAUUAAGCGUAAUGCUGGAUCAAAUACUAUACAUUCCCGUGGUAUUGCAACUUUGCGGAGACGAAGAUUCCAACCAGGAACUGAACUCAGCUCGGCUAAUAUUGAAGCAAAGUCAAGACUUAAAAAUGAUCAACGUCGUGUUGCUCUCGUCGAAAUUUUUUACCUCUGGGACACUCUACUCCUACGAAAUGUUUCCAGAGUUCAAAGUUAAAACACUAGUUUAUCAAGCAUACCUCAAACUAUUCCCUUAUAAGCUGGGAAACCUGAAAGGACAUCCUAUACGCACCAUUCCCGAUAAUUCUGAGCCGCAUACCAUCGUGCAAAAGAUAUCGAAUGGUUCCAUCACCAUUGAAGGUCCUGUAUGGCAAUUAAUGGUUGAAUUCGUCAAACAUAUUAAUGGCACUCUUCAGCUUCCCAUGGAGCCACAUCCGGAUAGAACCAUUAAACUUGUCCAGGUCCUGGAUUUGGUAAGAAAUGAAACCGUGGAUAUAGCAGCCAGCUUGAGGCCUUAUACCGUCAACGUGAAACGCAGCAGCUCGCAUGUAUAUGGUUUCCCAAUGAUGGUGGGAAAUUGGUGUUCGAUGUUACCCACGGAAAGGGUAAUACGCAGCCAUGAGGCGCUGGCCAGAUUGAUGAAGUCUCCUUGGACGUGGCUAAUCUUGCUAGUGCUGUACGGUGUGCACAGAUUUUUGGUGCUAAAAACACGUUUAAGGAUUUCACUCGUACACCUGAUAAAACUUUUGAUUAACCUGGCGCUUAUCUGCUUUCUAGAAGCUCAACUUUCGGCCUAUUUUAUUGGACCCCAGAAGGUGAAUCACAUUUCCAACAUGCAGCAACUAGAGGAAUCGGGUCUUAAAAUCCGAGGAAUGCGAGCGGAGUUCAUGGAGUACCCCAUCGAAAUGAGGAGUCGGUAUGCAUCCUCCUUUCUGCUGCAUGACGUUUUCUUUGAUUUGGCACAAGAUCGUAACAACUUCAACACUUCUUAUGGCUAUACGGUGUCCUCCGUUAAGUGGAAUCUAUACAAAGAAGCCCAACGCCAUUUCCGGCGACCUUUGUUUCGCUACUCGGAGGAUAUUUGUGUCCAGAAGCUAUCGCUUUUCUCACUGAUCCUGCAAAGCAACUGCUUAUAUCGCCACGAAAACAGAAAUUUCAUCUUACGAAUGCACGAAGCCGGACUCAUAAGCCUGUGGUAUAGGAGAUCCUAUUACGUAAUGGUUGCUGCUGGACGAUUCCCCAAGGGGGACUUAAGCACAGUCCGCCAGGCGCAACCCAUUCGUUGGUCAGAAUGGCAGUAUGUGGAAUUACUACAUGUGGCCGGACUUCUAUUUUCUGUGGUUGUUUUCGUCAUCGAGCUCACUGUUCACUAUGUAAAUGUUUGCCUAAACAACUUGUAA